CUGAACGAGUUAGGACGUUUAUAAAAGUACGGAAAUUUCUAGACGCUGGCUGGAAGUUUUUAAGGAUUUUAAUAAUUUCAUAUCAAAUCCCGAAAGUGCAAAAGUUAUUAUAAGCGGAGAGCAAAGUGAAUUUCAUAAAAUCACUCAAGUUCGGACACUACGGAAUCCGUUCGAUUAUUCCAGAAUGCCUUCUCGCAAUAUGGCCUGCACCAGGGAAGACGGGCUCAAAAAAGUAGGAACCCUUGGAGGAUCUCGCCAUGGAGACGCAUACCAGGUGCACCUGCUGAUGCUUCUCUACGAAAGAGCCGGUUUGGAGACGGGUUACUUGGAUUUCCGGCUGGCGACGGAAUGGAAAGCGGCAGAAAAAUUCGAUGAUGCAACCCUGUGUUGGAAAACUUCAGCAAACAGGGAAAGUGAAACAAAUUGGCUAUUUAUUCAAGUGAAAUUCAAACACAGGCGUACCAUAGGGCUGCUGGAUAUCUUUCCAGCAGAGAAAAAGUUACAGGACAGUGGAGAUUUUUCCAUAUUUAAAUACCUUAUGUCGUUUUCCCGCAUUGGCAACAACAAUGAUGUUAGUGGACAAAAGCAUUUUGUUAUUUACACCAAUGCCAAAGUGGAUUCUAGCGUCGAGUCAUGCUUUUUUGAAGUGGACCAUCGCACAGAUAAUGCUCUAAAUCUUUUGCGGACUGGUAGGAGGUUUUUGAAGUUGAAAGCAGAGAAGGAACAAAUUGAAAAAAUAUUACACGUUGCCAAUCAUGAUUUCAACGCAUUGUCUGAUGGAAUCGUAUCAGUUUUCUGGGAUAACGGUUCAGAACUUGACGUGUCCUUGUUUGAAAAGUAUCGCGGUGCGCUAAACAGCAAAGUUUUGGUUGUAACUGGCAGUGCCGUUCGAUUCGCACCUCAAUUCGUAAAAAACAAGAAACUUAACCAAUCGGAACUGCGGCUGCGUCAACGAAUUAUGGAGCAAGAUAGGAAUUACGAUAUGGUGAAAGCUGCAAGUAAACAACAUAAGCAACUCGCGGAAAUUUUAAUUGCACAUUCCAAACCAAAAUGCAAAACUGAGAAUGACCUGCCUCGGUACAUCGAGAAAUCGGAAGUUGAAGAAUUCUUGCAACAGCUAACAUUCGCCGUUGAUCAACCGGAUUACAAAGAUCUGGACAAAGCAAUAAAAAUUGAUUUUCAAAGGCAUUCUUCUGUGACGGAUUCGUGUUCGAAAAAGUGUUUUGCUGAAAUGAUGUACACGAAACUUCAUCAAGUGAUCAACAGCAAUCUAGAUACUGACCAAUUGGUGUUUUUAGAAAACGAUCAACUGCAAAAUUUGAUUCAAGAAGUACGUCGCUUAAUUAGUGGGCCCAAAAUAACAAUGCAUACAGAUAUUUUUCAAGCUAAAAUGCAAAGUUUACAGCUGGAGUUCGAUCAAAUUCAUUUACCAAGGUCUUUGAAUUUUAUUAAGCAAAAUACAGCAAUUAUAACCAGCACAGAGCAAGGGUUAUUGACGUCUCUAAAGGUGUAUCAAGUACUGCGCAAUCGAAACUACCGCUACUUCUCAUUUCAAGAUCUACAACCAGCCGCACUCGAGGAAGAAUUGUGCAACAACUUAUGCAAUACCCAGACCGAUCUAUACUUGGUGUUGAAAGAUGACAACACGAGGUUUGAGUUCUGCACAAAGCUUGUAGACAAAAUUGCUUCCAACAGACAAGUGAAAAUAAUACUACUUACUCACGAAAAGGACUACGCAGAGAAGUUUUUCGGCGAGCACACCUUUCAACAGAUUACAGAUCACAGUGAAAUAAAACAAUUGACCAUAAAAAGUCAGCAAACAUUGUUACAGAAGACCAUUCUGUUCCAAGGGGCGGAAUUGCGAUUAGCAGAGCUAUCUCAUACCGCAGCGAACGUCCCACUUCCCAUAGCGAAUGAAACUUUCGAAGGGCUGAUUCAGGACGAAACCAUCCAAAUUGGACCUGCACUUCCAAAGCAGCCAGUCCGGUAUUAUAUCGCGCGCACGAUCGUAUGUUCUCAGUUGUCCUGCUCGACUGAAGAUACGGACAGCUCGGAAUCCGAUCUGGAAGAAACGGAACAUCACGGGCUAGGAAAACUCAGUGAAGAAGAGUUCAUCGCCGUAUCGGACAACCUAGUGACGGUACUAUCCGCAACGCCUGGCACGGGUAAAAGUACCCUGUGGACGCGUCUGGCGCAACUUGCCAAAAGGAAAUACAACUCUAAAUGGAUUUUGCAUAUCAAACUGGCAGAUUGUUCGGAGCUGCUGUUAUCUCUUACGAAGGCCAAAAUUGCUGGAGAUGAUGAACUUCUGGCGGUGACAUUUCUACAGGAUGUCUUCAAUUUCAGAUCCGAGUUCGAAAGAUCUCUUCUUGAGUAUUAUCUGAAUUACGUACCGAAGUCUGUCUAUGUUUUCUUCGAUGGAUUCGACGAACUACCUUUUGAAACGGUGAAACGAGCAAUAAGCAUUUUUCAAAGUUUGUCGAAUACUCGACUUUUUAUCAAUACCAGAACCCAUCAACAGUCCGAUCUUCAGGAACAGCUAUCAAUACAGCUUUACUCCCUUGAGCCAAUCGGCCGGAACGAUCAAAUUAGGCUUCUAAAAAAUCUUCUUGGUUUUCCACCAUCUGAUGCUGAUUACUUUAAACCGGUGACUAACUUUGUGAAUCAACUGGCCGACAAACUACAUCGAAAUCCUUUGAAAAUUGCUGGCCUAUUUGUAGGAGAACCAUUGAUGCUUAACAUGUUAGCCGAGGUAUUUAAACCAACCGUCGAUACAUUUCGACUGCACCGGAAUCCAACUGUUUUCGACAGCGUCGAUCUGGAUUCUGUCGACAUAAUCGAUCUUUUCGAGAUGUUUGUUUAUAAUUGCUUCCAGAACGAGUACGUAGAGAAGCACAGCCUCGAUAAAAACAAUUUGCACAACAAAAAGUUGCUAGAUGAAAACAAUAUAUUGUAUCAAGGGUUUCGCAAAUUGCACAAUUUCGUCGGCUUAGCCAAAUUAGUUUCAACCAAGAAAAUGAGUUUGAUUGUCCACUGCAAGCAAGAGCGCGAAAGUUUCCUGCACCAAAUGGAGCACUUGUUGGACUCUAGAAUCGUACCCAAGUGCAACAAUGAAGUGCCGAAUUUCAUCCACUCAUCGAUUGCCGAAUUUUUUGCCGCUAGGUGUUUGUUUGAGAAUUUCGAACGGAUGACCCAGGAGCAUGCGAAGAAGAUCUUCAUUGUAAGCGAACAAACGCGAACCAUCAAAAGAAAAAGUUACAUAAGUACAACACUGGAUCUGUACCACCAGGUACUGAGGGACCACGAGAUAGCUCGGAUAUUUUUCUUUUUGUGGGCUAAACAUAAUGAAAAAUGUUGGGAUAAGCUGGAUUCCUUGCUUUGGUGCAUGCGCCCUUUCCCGCUGCUGUGGGCUUGUGAGCAAAAUUUUGAACAAUUAGUGAACCGUUUGCUUCAAAACGAUUCUUCAAUAGCUACCUUUCAAAAUAAGGAAAAGAAAACCGCGUUGCAUUCCGCCGUGGCUCACGGAAACCCUGUGAUCUGUGGGCUUCUAAUUGAUCAUCAGGCGAAAGUCAACGCACGGAACAGGUUUGGACAAGUUCCACUUCAUGUGGCGGCCUGGAAUGGUCACCAUAAGGUAGUGGAACUACUCAUUGCGAGAGGUGCUAAUGUCGAGGCCGUUGAUGACCUGCGUCGGACUCCGCUACUAAUAGCAGCUUACGCUGGUUAUUUGGAUGUAGUUCGUGUUCUUAUUGACAAGAAGUGCAAUGUCAACCAUCGAAACAAAUGGAAUCAAAACGCACUCCACGUUGCUGCUUUCCGAGGCCAUACGGAUAUUGUGCAUCUACUAAUAGGCCAACAGAUCCAGCUAAAAGUUGGAGGCGCCAAAAACUGGUUGAAGUUUCUCGGUCGUCUGAUUAGCUCCAAGCAUUUUGAUGUCGUUCGUGCAUUAGUUCAGUAUGAGACGGCUUCCUGCACGGCUGCUGAUAAUUUGCGUACUACUAUUAAUUGGGCAAUUGAACACGAUCAUGUCGAUGUAAUUCGUACCAUGUUGAAAGCUGAAGCGGUCGCUGGAAUGUACCCAAUUUCGUAUUCAGUUGCUCUACUGAAUGGCUCGUUCAAAGUGGCUGCGGCCAUACUUAACGAAAGGCCAAGCCUUGCUGGUUUGAGCUUUCCCCUACAUGCUACAGUCAAAGCUGGUAAUUAUGCUUGUACCAAAAUUCUGCUGGACAAACAAGCAGAAGUGAAUGCUAUUGAUAAAACGGGGAGAACACCACUUGACUGGGCCCUGGUGGAAGGCCAUACGGAAAUAAGUUUCUUACUGUUAAAAAAUGCUGCGCAAAUGAAUAAAAUUUCAAUGUUCGAGGCCAUAAAUUCAUCUCCUGACUGUGCUCGGUUAUUGUUUGAAAUGGGAAAUCGCAACGACAUUAUAAGGGCAAUUGACAGAGAUGCAAGACCUGAUCGUUGCUCAUACUGGUUAGCUGCAAGGAAAGGAUUACCGAAGGAAGCUCUCGCUAUUUUGAGCAUUAAAAACGACCUAAAAAUAUUCCAAAAUCCACUGCAUGCUGCCGCAACACUAGGCGCAGUUGAUUUGGUGGAUUAUUUGCUCGAAAAUCACGUUAAUGUGAAUGCGGUAGAUGAAGACGGCAUAAGUCCAUUAGACCUAGCAAUUGAUUACGGACAUGUGGAGGUUGUUGAGACCCUACUCAAACAUUCCGCCCAUCUGGGUAAAACUGAAUUGUUUCGAGCUAUCGAGAAAACCCAUCAUAACUCAUCCAAAUGUGUUCAACUAUUGUUAGCAUACGGGGCUGAUCCCGAUUCAACAAACAAAAACGGUCAGUCGGCGCUUCAUAGAGCUGUCUUCUUGGACCACCUGGAGAGUGCUGCCGUACUUCUACAGAACGGCGCUUCGAUCGUAAAGGAUUCGACAGGAAGAACGCCUCUGCACCUUGCAGCAAAGCAAAAUGCAUACGAAAUCACCGAACUACUGGUUAACUGUAAACAUGUGAAAGAUUACAUAAACGAAACUGACGAAUAUGGAAGCACAGCGUUACACCUUGCCGCUCUGUACCAAAGGUUGGAUGUGGCACUAUUACUGAUUGAUGCUGGUUCCGAUGUAAACGCACGAGACGAUCUGCAGCGAACACCUUUGCAUUUGGCUUCCGUCCGAGAAGUUGGUGCUGUAGCGCAAAUGUUACUCAUGAGAAAUGCAGAUCCACGCGCGACCGAUUGGCAGGGUCUAACAUUCACAGAAUAUCGUCGGCGUGAGUGCAAACGUUCGUUGGAAGCUGCUUCCCGUUGGUCUUGAUCUUUGAUGUAUCACUCAACAUCGGGUUCUUCGUUAAUUAUUAGAUAUUUCUUACUAGAAGCUUAGAGUAAAAGAUUUCUUAUAUUAAAAAAAUCAUUUUCAAAUUUAUAGUAGUACCUAAAAGUAAUAGUAGUAAGGGUCCAGGAUACUUCCAUGGUCCAGCUUUAACCCACGUGAUGGUCUUUUUUGUGAGAAGGGCGUGUCAUAUUUGUUUCAGAGCUUAAGGAAUUCGGCUGGCAUCCACUGCAUCAUUCAGCCGUCCACAUAUAUGAUAGCUUAAUGCAGGUCCCAUCCCCCUUUGUAUAUAGGCAUUAUCAUCAUAAAUCAUAAAUAUAAUAGGCUUAUGUCUGUCGCCAAAACGAAGGGCGCGAUAUGCAUUUUCGUGGUAAUAAUCGCCCACAUUAAGCAAAGACUCAAACCAAUCAUACCAGAUUACAUUCGAGACGAGCAAAAGUAACGUAGUUGCACCUCAUAGAGUUACAUAGCGUUAGCGUUACACAGCGUACCUCCAAUUUGCUCUCAAUUAGACGCGAGGCGACGCGCUACAGCUAGUAUUAUAU